UCCCAUUAUAUAAACAUUUGGGAAGGCAGGCUUGACUAAUCAAACCCAGAUGCACUUCCUCCGAACCACUGACCCCUCCUCUAUCACAGACUCUUAAUGGGAAAGACUGCUUACUGCCUAGUGUAGUUUCCUGAGAGUCGAGCUGCACAGCUGAAGAUCUCCAACAUGAUACCUGCAGUUACACUCAACAAUGGAGCAAAGAUGCCUAUUGUGGGUCUAGGGACAUGGAGGGCCAACCCAGGACAAGUCACUGAGGCUGUGAAGGUGGCUAUAAGCGCCGGUUACAGGCACAUUGAUGGUGCUUAUGUCUACCAGAAUGAAGAAGAAGUUGGGGCUGGAAUUCAUGCCAUGAUGGACCAAGGAGUGGUGAAGAGAGAGGAUCUCUUCAUCGUCAGUAAAUUAUGGUGCACCUUCCACCUUCCAUCUCUAGUGAGGAGGGCCUGUGAGAAGACUCUCGGUGACCUGAAACUGGAUUACGUGGACCUCUAUCUCAUGCACUUCCCUAUGGGAACCAAGCCAGGGGACGAACUUUUUCCUGUGGAUGAGCAGGGCCAGGUUAUUCCUGAUGGCAGCAACUUCUUAGACACUUGGAAGGCUAUGGAAGAGCUAGUAGAUGCUGGGUUGGUCAAGGCUAUUGGCAUCUCAAACUUCAACAAGGACCAGAUUGAAGCUGUUCUUAACAUGCCAGGCCUCAAGUACAAGCCAGCCACCAACCAGAUUGAGUGCCACCCGUACCUGAACCAGGAGAAGCUGAUUAACUACUGCCACUCAAAGGGCAUUUCAGUGACAGCUUACAGCCCCCUGGGUUCCCCUGACAGACCCUGGGCUCCAUCUGAUGAGCUCUCUCUCCUGGAGGAACCUAAGAUCAAGGCUAUCGCUAAUAAGUACAACAAGACUCCAGCACAGGUUCUCAUCAGGUUCCACAUCCAAAGGAAUGUGAUUGUCAUUCCCAAGUCAGUAACGCCCCAUCGGAUCAAGGAGAAUUUCCAGUUGUUCGACUUUGAAUUAAGUGAAGACGACGUGAAGGUCAUACUGAGCUUGAACAAAAAUUGGAGAGGUUUCGAAUUGCAAUGGGCCUCAAAGCACAAAGACUUCCCACUGAAUUCAGAAUACUGAAUCAAGACAACUACAUAUACAGGCUGAAUGUUGUGACAAAGUUAGGCGCAAAGAAGGUUAGAGGAGUAACCCAGGAUUAUACAGGAAAUGUUAAACCAGCUCUCCCUAGAAUUCAUUUUGAAGUUUUUAUAAUAAAUAGACAGCACGACUAUAUUUUGGAAUAUAAGGCAAUCAGCUAAUGUGACCCGCAAUUGUUGCAGUGUUUGUAAUAUUGAUUGUUACAUAUUAGUCCUUUUAUGAUAUAUAUAUACUGUAUGUCUAACCACUGUUAUUAUGCUGUAUGCUUUAACUCUAUGUAAAGCAUUGUGAAUUUCUGUUCAUGUGCUAUUUUAAUAAACUUGCCUCAAGUCUUGCCUGUAACAUGAAU